AUGCGUGGAUCGAGCGGCUGUAUGCGCGGCGCAGAGGGGGGUAGACGGGGUGUAUGCGGAGAGGGAGGUAGAGAGAGGGGAUCGCGUGGAUCGAUGGAGAAAACGGCGGAAAAGGGGGGGAGAAAGCAGUUUGUGGGCGGAAAAGAGGGUAAAAGAGGGGUAGAAGAGGGGGAAACAGACGCAGACAUUGAGGAGAACACAUGGGCAAUACGACGCAGCACGACGGAUACACAGAAAAAAACAGUAAGCAGCGUGCCUAUAGAGAUACGGGAGGACAAGGUGAUCGAAGAAGCGGUUUCUCUGAACAGCUGCCGGAAAACUAUAACUUUGAGAUACACAAAACAGUAUGGAAUAUACAGAAAAACAGGGCAAAACGAGGCAUACAGUAUGAAAUAUACAAGUGCAAAUCUAAUAGUAAAAGUGGGGCUGCAAAUGCCUGAGGGACUACUGGCAUGCUGUGUGGAUGAUUAUACAGCAAAGGCGCUUGGAUGUGAUUUGCUUGUUCAUUAUGGACAUUCCUGUUUGGUUCCGGUGGAUUCGGUGUCGAUCAGAACGUUAUAUGUGUUUGUAGAUAUUGAGAUCAACAAGGACCAUAUGGUAGAGACGAUUAAGGCGAAUAUACCGACAAAUACACAUAUAGCAUUGGUAGGGACGAUCCAGUUUGUGCCUAGGAUCCAUGAUGUUGUGGGAAGACUGAAGGAGGGGGCGAGGGAGGGAGAAGGAGCGGGAUACAGGGUUACAGUUCCUCAGAUAAAGCCGCUAUCGCCGGGAGAAAUCCUGGGAUGCACGGCACCGACUCUUGGGGGAGAUGUAGAUGCAAUGGUUUAUGUUGGAGAUGGACGGUUUCAUCUGGAGUCGAUAAUGAUUGCAAAUCCGCAGAUUCCGGCUUACAAAUAUGAUCCUUAUUCGGGGAAAUUUACAAGAGAGUAUUAUGAGCACAAAGAUAUGAAAAAGCUUCGAAAAGAGGCGAUUGAGAAGGCCAUAAAGGCAAAAAAAUGGGGGAUUAUCAUGGGCACAUUAGGAAGACAGGGAAGUCUUAAAGUAUUAGAGAACUUGGAGACUCAGUUGAAAAAAAAAGGAAUAAAAUACAUUAGAUUGCUAAUUUCAGAGAUAUUUCCCUCAAAGCUGUCUCAGCUUUAUGAUAUUGAGGCAUGGGUGCAAAUUGCAUGUCCAAGAUUGUCAAUUGAUUGGGGCUAUGCAUUUCCUACACCACUAUUAUCGCCAUAUGAAGCAUUUAUUGCACUCGAUGGGAUUGAAUGGAAAGAUCCAUAUCCAAUGGAUUUCUAUGCAAACCAUAGUUUGGGUCCUUGGACACCCAACCAUGGACGAGGCCAACGGUCUAUUACAUAUAGCCGCUGA